UCCCGCCUCCGCGUACGGGGAGAACCAAAAUGGCGGCGAAGGUGGCCGUUGCGGGUUGCGUGUGAGAGUCCCUGUGUCCCCCCCGCCCCCACCUCCCAACCAAGCGGGCCCGGUCGGUGCCGCAGGGCGUGAGGCCCAAGGCAGCGGAGCUGCUGCCAAGUGUGAUCCACUCGGCUUCUCCAUCUCCGCUGGCGGCAGCAGGAGGCGGACAGGGCAGGAACUUUUCUGCGCUGGAGUCUCGGAGCGGCUGAAGGGCAGCAUUUUUGACUGCAUACCAUGGCAACAGGAGGUGGUCCUUUUGAGGAAGGCAUGAAUGAUCAGGACUUGCCUAGCUGGAGCAAUGAGAGCUUUGAUGACCGACUGAACAACACGGACUGGGGGGGUCAACAGAAGAAAGCAAACAGGUCUUCAGAGAAAAACAAGAAAAAAUUUGGUGGGGAAGGUGAAACAAGGCUUACUAAUGACAUAUCUCCAGAGUCCUCACCCGGAAUGGGACGGCGGAAGACAAGGACUCUUCAUAGUUUUCCUCACACUAGAUAUAUGACUCAGAUGUCUGUUCCAGAGCAGGCAGAAUUAGAAAGGCUUAAACAAAGAAUAAACUUCAGUGAUCUGGAUCAGAGGAGCAUUGGAAGUGAUUCUCAAGGCAGAGCAACGGCUGCUAACAACAAACGUCAGCUUAAUGAAACCAGAAAACCAUUCAACUUCCUAUCACUGCAGAUUAACACUAACAAAAGCAAGGAUGCUGCUACAAGCCCUCAAAAAAAAGAAACUGGUGGAUCAUCACAAUGUAAAGAGUUAUUUGCAUCUGCUCUAAGUAAGGACUUUUUGCAAAACUGUCAGGUGUCUGUUCAAGAAGAUGGAAGAGGAGAACCUGCUAUGGAUAGUAGCCAGAUUGUGAGCAGACUAGUUCAAAUUCGUGACUAUAUUGCUAAGGCCAGCUCCAUGCGGGAUGAUCUUGUAGAGAAAAAUGAAAGAUCUGCUAAUGUUGAGCGCUUGUCACAUCUCAUAGACCAUCUUAAAGAACAAGAAAAAUCCUAUCUGAAAUUUUUGCAAAAGAUGCUUGCUAGAGAAAAUGAGGAGGAGGAUGUUCGGACUAUAGAUUCAGCUGUGGGAUCUGGUUCUGUAGCUGAGAGCACAUCGCUAAACAUAGAUGUGCAGUCUGAGGCUUCAGAUACCACGGCCAGAGACCCCCAGCAGGAGGCUAAAGAGGAGCUAGAGAAUUUGAAGAAGCAACAUGACUUGUUAACAAGGAUGUUACAACAACAGGAACAGCUGAAAGCACUUCAGGGAAGACAAGCUGCUCUUCUUGCUCUGCAGCAUAAAGCAGAGCAGGCAAUUGCUGUCAUGGAUGAUUCUGUUGUAACAGAGACCACAGGUAGCAUUUCAGGAGUGAGUCUUACAUCUGAACUAAAUGAAGAAUUAAAUGACCUAAUCCAGCGUUUUCACAAUCAGCUUCAUGAAUCUCAGACUCAACCUGUGCCAGAUAAUAGAAGGCAAGCAGAAAGUCUUUCACUUACUAGAGAGAUUUCACAAAGUAGAAAUUCUUCUAUGUCACAGCACUUAUCUGAUGAGAAAGCACAGCUUUUUAGCAAGAUGAGAAUGUUGCAAGGUAAAAAACAAAAAAUGGACAAGUUGUUAGGAGAGCUUCACACACUUCGUGACCAGCAUCUGAACAACUCCUCCUUCUUGCCUGCGUCAGGUUCUCCUCAAAGGAGUAUUGAUCAAAGAAGUACAACUUCAGCUGCCUCUGCUCCUGUAGGCAUAGUAACUGUUGUCAAUGGAGAGUCUAACAGCCUAGCAUCAUCUGCUCCUUAUCCUCCUGAUUCCAUUGCUUCUCAGAAUGAGAGUGAAGAGGAUGACAAUCUAAACCCAACAGAAAAGCUCCAGAAACUGAAUGAAGUUCGUAAGAGAUUGAAUGAGUUGCGUGAGUUAGUUCAUUACUAUGAACAGACAUCUGAUAUGAUGACUGAUGCCGUGAAUGAAAACACUAAAGAGGACGACACAGGAGAAUCAGAAUGCGAUUCUGAACAUGAGAAUCCACAACCUGUUACCAAUAUUAGAAACCCUCAGGGAAUUAGUAGCUGGGGUGAAAUAAAUAGCAAUUCCAACAUACAAUGUGGAACUACUAACAGAGAUGGAAGACACCUUAAUACAGACUGUGAAAUAAAUAACCGAUCUGCUGCUAACUUAAGGACUUUAAUAUAUGGUUUUUCUGCAGAUUGUCGUAAUAGGGGCAUGACAAAAGUAUUUGUAUCACAAGGUGGUGAUGACGAAGUGGAGACACAGAGCAGUGAAGUUUCUAUCUAGCUGCAGAAGCAGAACAGUGUAGCUGAUGCUGGAGAUGCUGAGUUUGAGCAGAAGAUCAGUAGACUUAUAGCUGCAAAAACAAAACUUAAACAGUUACAAAAUCUUGUAGCUAUGGUACAGGAUGAUGAGACAGAGCCUGAAGCAACUACUGCUGACACAGCUAAUGUCGGUGACUUCUUUUUGGCUGAAGUAGAGGAGGAAAAGCAGCAACCAAAUAAUAUCAGAGCUUGCACCAACAAAUUGCAACAAGAUGUGAGACUGAAUGAAAAAGCAAGAGAAAAAUUCUAUGAAGCUAAACUUCAGCAGCAACAGCGGGAACUUAAACAACUUCAAGAAGAAAGAAGGAAACUGAUUGAGAUUCAGGAAAAAAUCCAAGCAUUACAGAAGGCUUGUCCUGACCUUCAAUUGUCAGCUAGUUUGGGGAAUUGCUCAGCAAAUAGACCAGCUUCACCUGAUACUUCAACACCAGCUGUUGAAAGUAGCGCAGGAGGCAAGCCUGUUCUUGAACCUGAAGAAUCGGUAACGGUGGACAAUGAGCUAUGGUCUGAGAUGCGUAGGCAUGGGAUCUUAAGGGAAGAGUUACGACAGAGAAGAAAGCAGCUUGAAGCUUUAAUGGCUGAACAUCAGAGGAGAAGAGAUUUGGCAGAAACCACAUCUACUGUUGCUGCAUCUGUUAAAAGUGGUGGAUCAGAGACCCAAUGUACUCCACAACAAAAUAGGAUGGAAAAAACAGUGGCAACAUGGGGAGGUUCUACCCAGUGUGCGCUAGAUGAAGGGGAUGGAGAUGGUUAUCUUUCUGAUGGACUUCUUCAGGCAGAAGAGGAGGAAGAAGAGGAAGAACAGGAGUCCAGUUCUAAUGACAAUUUCUCCAUGUAUCUCCAUAACAAUGAUCAAAGUACAUAUUGUGUUAAAGAAAAUAAGGAUAGAUGGAAGAAUCGCCGCCCUCUUUCAGCAGAUGGGAAUUACCGUCCAUUGGCUAAGACAAGACAACAACAGAAUAUUAGCAUGCGGCGGCAAGAAAACCUUAAGUGGAUGUCUGAACUCUCUUAUGUGGAGGAGAAGGAACAAUGGCAAGAGCAGAUUAACCAGUUAAAGAAACAGCUUGAAUUUAGUGUCCGUAUUUGUCAGACCUUGAUGCAGGAUCAGCAGACUCUCUCUUGUCUACUACAGACUCUGCUUACAGGCCCUUAUAGUGUGAUGCCCAGUAAUGUUGCAUCUCCACAAGUGCACCUUAUAAUGCACCAGUUAAACCAAUGCUAUACUCAGCUGACAUGGCAACAGAAUAAUGUUCAAAGGUUGAAGCAGAUGUUAAAUGAUCUUAUGUACCAACAAGGACAACAGCAACAGGAGAAGCCACAAAGAAAGCAAAGAGGCAGCAGUGCGCCACCACCUCCAUCUCCUACAGUAUUUUGUCCUUUCAGUUUUCCUCCUCAACCUAUGAAUCUAUUUAACAUACCUGGAUUUACUAAUUUUUCUUCUUUUGCACCAGGUAUGAACUUCAACCCUAUGUUUCCCUCUGGUUUUGGAGAUUUUGCACAUAAUGUUACCCCACACAACAGUGAGCAACCACAGCAGCAACCCGUAGAUCAUAACACUUCUGGAAAAACUGAAUACAUGGCAUUUCCAAAGCCCUUUGAAAGCAGUUCCUCUGUUGGAGUAGAGAAACAAAGGAGUCAGAGACAACCUGAAGAGGAAUUAGAAAACAACACACCAGUUUGGCUAGAUGACAGCCAGGAAGGAAGAAAAGAAAAACAGUCAUUCCUGAAGGCAGGGUUUGCGGUUUCAGUACAAAAUAUGACAUCUGGUAAUCACAAAAGUCAGUCUGAUACCAUCCGGAGGAGAAGAGAGUUUGAUGAGGAAUCUUUGGAGAGUUUUAGUAGUAUGCCUGAUCCAGUGGAUCCAACUACUGUGACUAGAACAUUUAAAUCUAGAAAAGCAUCAGCCCAGGCCAGCUUGGCAUCUAAAGAUAAAACACCUAAAUCGAAGAAUAAGAGGAGGAGUUCUACUCAGCUAAAAAGCAGAGUUAAAAAUACUGGUUAUGAAGAUGCCAGCAUUUCUAGUACAUGUGAACCUAGCAAGAGUAAUAGGAGCAGGCGCUCUGUGCAGAAUGAAGAGGCUGUUCAAGCAAAAGUGUUCAGCAAAAAGAAUCAAGAACAAUUGGAAAAAAUAAUUAAAUAUAGUAGAUCUACAGAAAUGUCCUCAGAAACUGGUAGUGAUCUUUCCAUGUUCGAAGCUUUGCGAGACACCAUUUAUUCUGAAGUAGCUACUCUGAUAUCUCAAAAUGAAUCUCGUCCACAUUUUCUUAUUGAACUUUUCCAUGAGCUUCAGCUGCUAAAUACAGACUACUUGAGGCAAAGAGCAUUGUAUGCAUUACAGGAUAUAGUGACUAGACAUAUAUCUGAGAACAAUGAAAAAGGAGAAUGCACAAAGUCUCUGAAUUCAGCUACCUGGAUAGCUUCAAACUCUGAACUUACUCCCAGUGAAAGUCUUGCUACAACUGAUGAUGAAACCUUCGAGAAGAACUUUGACACAGGAGCAAGUAGAGAUUGUGAACAAAAUGAUGCAGACAAUGGCAGUACCAUGUCGACAUCUUCAAAUUUUGAACCUUUUGCCACUGAUGAUCUUGGCAACACUGUGAUUCACUUAGAUCAGGCAUUGGCUAGGAUGAGGGAAUAUGAGCGCAUGAAAACUGAAGCUGAAAGUACCCUUGACUCAGAGGGUUGCUGUAGUAAUCUCCAGUGUGUCUCUGCUGUUAAAUUAGAAGGUCCAUCUACUGGGGAGAGUCACUGUGUGUCACAGCCUAGUGAAGUUUCUACUGUUCCAUGUCCUCGUAUAGAUACUCAGCAGCUUGACCGGCAGAUCAAAGCAAUUAUGAAAGAGGUCAUCCCUUUUCUGAAGGAACACAUGGAUGAAAUAUGCUCUUCUCAGCUGUUGACAUCAGUAAGACGUAUGGUCCUGACUCUUACACAGCAAAAUGAUGAAAGCAAAGAAUUUGUGAAAUUUUUUCAUAAGCAACUUGGUGGCAUACUGCAGGAUUCACUGGCAAAAUUUGCUGGUAGAAAACUAAAAGAUUGUGGAGAGGAUCUUCUUGUGGAGAUCUCUGAAGUUUUAUUUAAUGAACUAGCCUUCUUUAAACUCAUGAAAGAUUUGGACAGCAACAGUAUUACUGUAAAACAAAGAUGCAAAAGUAAAAUGGAAGCAGCGGGAGUGAUACAACCUUACGAUAAAGAGGCAAAGGGAGUUCUUGAGGUAGGAGUUAGUUCAUCCACUGAAGAUAUUGAUGAAGACAAAGACAAGGAUGAGACUGAAACAGUUAAACACACACAAGAAUCAGAAAUAUACAAUGAUGGUGAAGUUCCUCAAAGUAUGAGAUCUGAUGCUUCUGAUCAGGAGGAAGAUGAGGAGAGUAAAGGCUGUCUGGUGUCUAUAAGUUUGUCUAAAGCGGAAACACAAGCUCUAACUAAUUAUGGAAGUGGUGAAGAUGAGAAUGAAGAUGAAGAAAUAGAAGAGUUUGAAGAAGGACCUGUGGAUGUCCAGACUUCACUGCAAGCCAGCAACGAAACUACAGCUGAAAAUGAACAAAGACAGAUUCCAACAGAUGAAUCUGAUAAACCAAAUGAUUAUGAGAUUUUAUCAACUAAGCAGAAAUCUUUCAGUGUUAAAGAUGAACAAGAUGUGCCUGCUAUUUUGCCUCAUUAUCUCAAUAUGCUGGAGAAUAAGCAACUUCUAACAGUCAGUGCAGCUGAGUCUGUUACUGCUACUGAGGUGUCAGCAACUGAAGAGCCAAGCCCCUCAUUACUAGUAAAUGAAAUUCAGAUAUCAGAAACCAAAUCCUUGACAGGAAGCCCAGAAAGCUCCAUGGCUGGCAGCCCUGAUACAGAGUCACCUGUGUUAGUGAAUGAAUAUGAAGCUGGGUCCGGAAACAUAAGUCAAAAGUCUGAUGAAGAUGACUUUGUGAAAGUUGAAGACUUGCCCCUUAAACUCACAAUAUAUUCAGAGGCAGAUCUAAUGAAGAAAAUGAUGGCUGAGGCCCAGACUAACACUUUGUCUGAUGCAAUACUAGAUGGUGAUGGAAUGCAAGGUGAAGAAUUAGCUGGAGACUCUCAAACACUGAAAGAACCUGAAACUGCUGGAGCCCAAAGUGCAUGAAAAAAAAAUUCCAGAAACUCCUCCUUAGCCCCUCUCCACAUAUACCAGUGCAUAUAGAAAAUUGGCACAAACUUCACUGAAUUUGAAUCUGUAUAAAAAUGUAAAUUAGUUUGACACACUACUGCCUUUAGGAUAGAUAUGCCAACUUCUGCCCAGGGCAGUUUAAACAUCUGUAACUGAAUCCUUUAGUUACUGUUACUGCACUGUUCUUUUUCUGUCUUAAAUCUUUUUUAUUCAUUGUGAUUUGUUUAGUAAUUUUAAAAUGUAGUUUUAAAUAAAGGUUGGACUUAUCUGUAAA